AUGUUCUUCAGCACCAAGUCUAUUGUCCUCUACGGACUGAUCGCCCUGACUUCGGCUUCUCCCGUGGCGGAGUUCAGUAAGCGUGCAAAGCUCGGUGACUUCCUGUGCCCCGAUGGCACCCUUAUUGAGGAGAAAGACGUCCGAGAGGCAUACCACGAGUGCCGCAGGGUGGAUGAUCGUACCUACGGCUCAUACCCCAAGUACUUUGGCAACCAGGCCGGCACCGGCAAGGUUUUCAGCAACAUCCCCGACGGUACCGACUUGCGAGAGUUCCCUAUUGUCAUUGGCGGAACAUACAAUGGUGGCCAACCUGGCGCUUACCGUGUCGUGACCGACUACAAGGAUAACCGUGGUGAUUUCCGCGGAGUGAUGCAGCACACUGGCGCCACUGUGGGGGGUGCCUACUCGGCUUGCACGAAGCAGUGA